AUGGGAGACGGAGGAGAAGGCGAGGACGAAGUCCAGUUCCUGCGGACGGAUGACGAGGUGGUCCUGCAGUGCAGCGCCACCGUGCUCAAGGAGCAGCUCAAGCUCUGCCUGGCGGCUGAGGGCUUCGGCAACCGCCUCUGCUUCCUGGAGCCCACCAGCAACGCGCAGAAUGUGCCCCCUGACCUGGCCAUCUGCUGCUUCAUCCUGGAGCAGUCUCUGUCAGUCCGAGCCUUGCAGGAGAUGCUGGCCAACACUGUAGAGGCUGGCGUAGAGUCAUCCCAGGGUGGAGGACAUAGAACACUUCUGUAUGGCCAUGCCAUCCUGCUCCGGCAUGCACACAGUCGCAUGUACCUGAGUUGUCUUACUACCUCCCGCUCCUUGACUGACAAGCUGGCCUUCGAUGUGGGACUACAGGAGGAUGCAACAGGAGAAGCCUGUUGGUGGACAAUGCACCCAGCCUCCAAACAAAGGUCUGAAGGAGAGAAGGUUCGAGUUGGAGAUGAUCUCAUUCUUGUCAGUGUCUCCUCCGAGCGCUACCUGCACCUGUCCACAGCCAGUGGGGAGCUCCAGGUUGACGCUUCCUUCAUGCAGACUCUGUGGAACAUGAACCCUAUCUGUUCCUGCUGUGAAGAGGGCUAUGUGACAGGGGGACAUGUCCUCCGUCUGUUUCACGGACACAUGGAUGAAUGUCUGACCAUUUCUCCUUCUGACAGUGAUGACCAGCGCAGACUUGUCUACUACGAGGGAGGAUCUGUGUGUACCCAUGCUCGCUCUCUCUGGAGGCUGGAGCCGCUGAGAAUCAGUUGGAGUGGGAGCCACCUACGCUGGGGCCAGCCUCUGCGAAUCCGGCAUGUGACCACUGGGCGGUACCUGGCACUCACCGAGGACCAGGGCCUGGUCGUGGUGGAUGCCAGCAAGGCCCACACCAAGGCCACUUCCUUUUGCUUCCGUAUCUCCAAGGAGAAGCUGGAUGUGGCCCCCAAGCGAGAUGUGGAAGGCAUGGGCCCCCCUGAGAUCAAGUACGGAGAAUCGUUGUGCUUUGUGCAGCAUGUGGCUUCAGGCCUGUGGCUCACUUAUGCUGCCCCUGAUACCAAGGCCUUGCGACUUGGUGUGCUCAAGAAGAAGGCCAUGCUACAUCAGGAAGGUCACAUGGAUGAUGCCCUGUCACUGACCCGCUGCCAGCAGGAGGAGUCACAGGCUGCCCGGAUGAUUUACAGCACGGCUGGCCUGUACAACCAGUUCAUCAAGGGCCUGGAUAGCUUCAGCGGGAAGCCACGGGGCUCAGGACCGCCUGUUGGCUCUGCGCUGCCCAUCGAGGGUGUCAUUCUGAGCCUGCAGGACCUCAUCGGCUACUUUGAGCCUCCCUCAGAGGAGCUUCAGCAUGAGGAGAAGCAGAGCAAGCUGCGCAGUUUACGCAACCGCCAGAGCCUCUUCCAGGAGGAGGGGAUGCUCUCCCUGGUCCUGAAUUGCAUUGACCGCCUGAAUGUCUACACCACCGCUGCCCACUUCGCCGAAUUUGCAGGGGAGGAGGCGGCUGAGUCCUGGAAAGAGAUUGUGAACCUGCUGUAUGAACUCCUGGCCUCUUUGAUCCGUGGCAAUCGUACCAACUGUGCCCUCUUCUCCACCAACUUGGACUGGCUGGUCAGCAAGCUGGAUCGGCUAGAGGCCUCAUCUGGAAUCCUGGAGGUGCUGUACUGCGUCCUUAUCGAGAGUCCUGAAGUCCUGAAUAUCAUCCAAGAGAACCACAUCAAGUCCAUUAUCUCCCUCCUUGACAAGCAUGGGAGAAACCACAAGGUCCUGGAUGUGCUAUGUUCUCUGUGUGUGUGCAAUGGUGUGGCCGUGCGCUCCAACCAAGAUCUCAUUACUGAGAACUUGCUCCCAGGUCGUGAGCUUCUGUUGCAGACAGAUCUGAUCAACUACGUUACCAGUAUCCGCCCCAACAUCUUUGUGGGACGAGCAGAGGGUUCCACGCAGUAUGGCAAAUGGUACUUUGAGGUGAUGGUGGAUGAGGUAGUUCCAUUCCUGACAGCUCAGGCCACCCACCUGCGGGUGGGAUGGGCCCUCACUGAGGGCUAUAGCCCCUACCCUGGAGGUGGCGAGGGCUGGGGAGGCAAUGGAGUCGGCGAUGACCUCUAUUCCUAUGGCUUUGAUGGGCUGCAUCUCUGGACAGGUCAUGUGGCACGCCCAGUGACUUCUCCAGGACAACACCUUCUAGCCCCAGAGGAUGUGGUCAGCUGCUGCCUGGAUCUUAGUGUACCAUCCAUAUCCUUCCGCAUCAAUGGCUGUCCUGUUCAAGGUGUCUUUGAAGCCUUCAACCUUGAUGGGCUCUUCUUUCCAGUUGUCAGCUUCUCAGCGGGUGUCAAAGUGCGGUUUCUCCUUGGUGGCCGCCAUGGGGAAUUUAAAUUCCUCCCCCCACCUGGCUAUGCCCCAUGCCAUGAGGCUGUGCUACCUCGAGAGCGACUCCAUCUUGAACCCAUCAAGGAGUAUCGACGGGAAGGUCCCCGGGGACCCCACCUGGUGGGACCCAGUCGCUGCCUCUCACACACUGACUUCGUGCCCUGUCCUGUGGACACUGUCCAGAUUGUCCUGCCUCCUCAUCUGGAACGCAUUCGGGAGAAGCUAGCAGAAAACAUCCAUGAACUCUGGGCGCUGACUCGCAUCGAGCAGGGCUGGACCUAUGGCCAGGUUCGAGAUGACAACAAGAGGCUGCAUCCAUGUCUUGUGGAUUUCCACAGCCUGCCAGAGCCUGAGAGAAAUUACAACCUGCAGAUGUCAGGGGAGACGCUCAAGACUCUGCUGGCGCUGGGCUGCCAUGUGGGCAUGGCUGAUGAGAAGGCAGAGGACAACCUGAAGAAGACAAAACUCCCCAAAACGUAUAUGAUGAGCAAUGGGUACAAGCCUGCCCCCCUGGACCUGAGCCACGUGCGUCUGACACCAGCACAGACGACACUGGUGGAUCGGCUGGCAGAGAAUGGACACAAUGUGUGGGCAAGAGACCGUGUGGCCCAGGGCUGGAGCUAUAGUGCUGUGCAGGACAUCCCUGCUCGCAGAAACCCUCGCCUAGUGCCCUACCGCCUGCUUGAUGAGGCCACCAAGCGCAGCAACCGAGACAGCCUCUGCCAGGCUGUGCGUACCCUGCUGGGCUAUGGUUACAACAUUGAACCACCUGACCAGGAGCCCAGCCAAGCAGAGAACCAGUCUCGAGGAGACCGGACACGCAUCUUCAGGGCAGAAAAAUCCUAUGUGGUACAGAGUGGCCGCUGGUACUUUGAGUUCGAGGCAGUUACCACGGGCGAGAUGCGAGUGGGCUGGGCGAGGCCUGAACUGCGACCGGAUGUAGAGCUGGGAGCUGAUGAGUUGGCCUAUGUCUUCAAUGGGCAUAGGGGCCAGCGCUGGCACUUGGGAAGUGAGUCAUUUGGACGUCCCUGGCAGUCAGGCGAUGUCGUUGGCUGCAUGAUUGACCUCACAGAGAACAACAUUAUCUUUACUCUCAAUGGCGAGAUCCUCAUGUCUGAUUCAGGCUCUGAGACGGCCUUUCGGGAGAUUGAAAUUGGUGACGGCUUCCUGCCUGUCUGCAGCCUGGGACCUGGCCAGGUGGGUCACCUGAAUCUGGGCCAAGAUGUGAGCUCCCUGAGAUUCUUUGCCAUCUGUGGCCUCCAAGAAGGGUUUGAGCCAUUCGCCAUCAACAUGCAACGCCCGGUCACCACUUGGUUCAGCAAAAGCCUUCCACAGUUUGAACCCGUGCCCCUUGAGCACCCCCACUAUGAGGUAUCACGCAUGGAUGGCACUGUGGACACGCCCCCCUGCCUACGACUGACCCACCGUACCUGGGGCUCCCAAAACAGUCUGGUGGAGAUGCUUUUUCUGCGGCUGAGUCUUCCGGUUCAAUUCUACCAGCAUUUCCGCUGCACUGCUGGGGCCACUCCUCUGGCACCCCCUGGCCUACAGCCCCCUGCCGAAGAUGAGGCCAGAGCCGCAGAACCAGACCCUGACUAUGAAAACCUACGCCGUUCAGCUGGAGGCUGGGGUGAAGCUGAGGCGGGCAAGGAAGGAACUGCUAAGGAUGGGGGCACUCCUCAGCCUGGGAUGGAGGCCCAGCCUGUAAGGGCAGAAAAUGAAAAGGAUGCUACCACAGAGAAGAACAAGAAAAGAGGGUUCCUCUUUAAGGCCAAGAAGGCUGCCAUGAUGACCCAGCCACCAGCUACCCCUGUUCUGCCCCGACUCCCUCGUGAGGUGGUACCCACUGACAACCGUGAUGAUCCUGAGAUUAUCCUGAACACUACCACGUACUACUACUCCGUGAGGGUCUUUGCUGGCCAGGAACCUAGCUGUGUAUGGGUGGGUUGGGUCACUCCUGACUACCAUCAGCACGACAUGACCUUCGACUUGACCAAAGUCCGGGCAGUGACAGUGACCAUGGGGGAUGAACAAGGCAAUGUCCACAGCAGCCUCAAAUGCAGCAACUGCUAUAUGGUAUGGGGCGGGGACUUUGUGAGCCCUGGGCAGCAGGGCCGGAUCAGCCACACAGACCUUGUCAUUGGCUGCCUGGUGGACUUGGCCACUGGUUUAAUGACCUUUACAGCCAAUGGCAAAGAGAGCAACACCUUUUUCCAGGUGGAACCCAACACGAAGUUGUUUCCUGCCGUCUUUGUCCUGCCCACCCACCAGAACGUCAUCCAGUUUGAACUGGGGAAGCUAAAGAACAUCAUGCCGCUGUCAGCAGCUAUGUUCCUGAGUGAGCGCAAGAAUCCAGCCCCACAGUGCCCACCGAGGUUGGAGGUACAGAUGCUCAUGCCAGUCUCCUGGAGCCGAAUGCCCAACCACUUCCUGCAGGUGGACACCCGGCGUGCGGGUGAGCGGCUCGGCUGGGCUGUUCAGUGCCAGGAACCGUUGACUAUGAUGGCGCUUCACAUCCCCGAGGAGAACAGGUGCAUGGACAUCCUGGAGCUCUCUGAACGCCUGGAUCUGCAGCGCUUCCACUCACACACCCUGUCCCUUUACCGAGCCGUGUGCGCUCUGGGCAACAACCGCGUGGCGCAUGCUCUGUGCAGCCACGUGGACCAGGCCCAGUUAUUGCACACGCUGGAGGAUGCGCACCUACCGGGGCCUCUUCGCGCAGGCUACUACGACCUCCUCAUCAGCAUCCACCUGGAAAGUGCCUGCCGCAGCCGGCGCUCCAUGCUCUCUGAAUACAUUGUGCCCCUCACCCCAGAGACCCGGUCCAUCACCCUCUUCCCACCUGGAAGAAGUGCGGAAGAUGGUCCCCGCCGCCACGGCCUGCCUGGCGUUGGAGUCACGACUUCCCUGAGGCCCCCGCACCAUUUCUCACCCCCCUGUUUCGUGGCUGCCCUGCCAGCUGCUGGAGGAACAGAAGCUCCCGCUCGCCUCAGCCCUGCCAUCCCGCUGGAGGCCCUGCGGGACAAGGCUCUGAGAAUGCUGGGCGAGGCGGUGCGAGACGGUGGGCAGCAUGCUCGAGACCCCAUCGGGGGCUCCGUGGAGUUCCAGUUUGUGCCUGUCCUCAAACUUGUGUCUACUUUGCUGGUGAUGGGUGUCUUUAGUGAUGAGGAUGUGAAACAGAUCUUGAAGAUGAUUGAACCCGAAGUGUUCACUGAGAUAGAAGAAGAGGAGGAGGAGGCAGAAGAGGAGGAAGAAGAAGAUGAGGAGGAGAAGGAAGAGGACGAAGAGGAGGAGGCACAGGAGAAGGAAGAUGAAGAGAAAGAGGAAGAGGAGGCAGCAGAAGGAGAGAAAGAAGAAGGCUUGGAGGAGGGACUGCUCCAGAUGAAGCUGCCAGAGUCUGUGAAGUUACAGAUGUGUCACCUCCUGGAGUAUUUCUGUGAUCAAGAGCUGCAGCACCGUGUAGAGUCCCUGGCUGCCUUCGCAGAGCGCUAUGUAGACAAGCUGCAAGGCAACCAGAGAGGUCGUUAUGGACUCCUCAUGAAAGCCUUCACCAUGAGUGCAGCAGAGACUGCAAGACGCACCCGCGAGUUCCGCUCGCCACCCCAGGAGCAGAUCAACAUGCUUCUGCAUUUCAAAAAUGGGGCUGAUUUGGAAGAUUGUCCUCUCCCUGAAGAGAUCCGACAGGAUCUGCUUGAUUUUCAUCAAGACCUGCUGGCACACUGUGGAAUUCAGCUGGAGGGGGAGGAGGAGGAACCAGAGGAAGAGACCAGCCUGAGCAGCCGCCUGAUGAGCCUGCUAGAGAAAGUGCGGCUAGUGAAGAAGGAGGAGGAGAAAACAGAGGAGGAGCCGCCAGCUGAGGAACACAAACCUGAGUCCUUACAGGAGCUAGUAUCCCACAUGGUGGUGCGCUGGGCCCAGGAGGACUUUGUGCAGAGCCCCGAGCUAGUCCGGGCCAUGUUCAGCCUUCUGCAUCGGCAGUAUGAUGGGCUGGGUGAGCUGCUGCGUGCCCUGCCGCGGGCAUAUACCAUCUCACCAUCUUCUGUGGCGGACACCAUGAGCCUGUUGGAAUGCCUCGGCCAGAUCCGCUCGCUGCUGAUUGUGCAGAUGGGGCCCCAGGAGGAGAAUCUUAUGAUCCAGAGCAUUGGGAACAUCAUGAACAACAAGGUCUUUUACCAACACCCAAACCUGAUGAGGGCCCUGGGUAUGCAUGAGACCGUCAUGGAGGUCAUGGUGAACGUCCUUGGGGGCGGUGAAUCUAAGGAGAUCCGCUUCCCCAAGAUGGUGACCAGCUGCUGCCGCUUUCUCUGCUACUUCUGCCGCAUUAGCCGGCAAAACCAGCGCUCCAUGUUUGACCACCUGAGCUACCUGCUGGAGAACAGUGGCAUUGGCCUGGGCAUGCAGGGUUCCACGCCCCUGGAUGUGGCAGCUGCCUCUGUCAUUGACAACAAUGAGCUGGCAUUGGCAUUGCAGGAGCAAGACCUGGAAAAGGUCGUAUCCUACCUGGCAGGCUGUGGCCUCCAAAGCUGCCCCAUGCUGCUGGCCAAGGGGUACCCAGAUAUCGGCUGGAAUCCCUGUGGUGGUGAGCGGUACCUGGACUUCCUGCGUUUUGCUGUCUUCGUCAAUGGUGAGAGUGUGGAAGAGAAUGCCAACGUGGUGGUACGACUGCUCAUUCGUAAGCCUGAGUGCUUCGGCCCCGCCCUGCGUGGUGAGGGUGGCUCAGGGCUGCUGGCUGCCAUUGAGGAAGCCAUCCGCAUCUCUGAGGAUCCUGCCAGGGAUGGCCCAGGUGUCCGCAGGGAUCGGCGACCGCACUUUGGUGAGGAGCCCCCUGAGGAAAACCGGGUACACCUGGGACAUGCCAUCAUGUCCUUCUAUGCUGCCUUGAUCGACCUGCUGGGACGCUGUGCACCAGAGAUGCAUCUAAUCCAAGCUGGCAAGGGGGAGGCUCUGAGAAUCCGGGCUAUCUUACGAUCUCUUGUGCCCUUGGAUGACCUUGUGGGCAUCAUCAGCCUCCCACUGCAGAUGCCUACACUGGGCAAAGAUGGGGCACUGGUCCAGCCAAAGAUGUCUGCAUCCUUCGUGCCUGACCACAAGGCAUCCAUAGUGCUCUUCCUGGACCGAGUAUAUGGUAUUGAUAACCAGGACUUCUUGUUACAUGUACUGGAUGUGGGCUUCCUUCCUGACAUGAGAGCAGCUGCCUCUCUGGACACGGCCACUUUCAGCACCACAGAGAUGGCGCUGGCUCUGAACCGUUACCUGUGCCUGGCGGUGCUUCCUUUGAUUACUAAGUGUGCACCCCUGUUUGCGGGAACCGAGCACCGGGCCAUUAUGGUGGACUCCAUGCUGCACACUGUGUACCGCCUGUCCCGGGGCCGCUCCCUCACCAAGGCUCAACGCGAUGUCAUCGAGGACUGCCUCAUGGCACUCUGCAGGUAUAUCCGCCCGUCCAUGCUACAGCACCUGCUGCGGCGCCUAGUGUUUGAUGUACCCAUCUUGAACGAGUUCGCCAAGAUGCCACUCAAGCUUCUCACCAACCACUAUGAGCGCUGCUGGAAGUAUUACUGCCUCCCCACGGGCUGGGCCAACUUUGGAGUCACCUCUGAGGAAGAGCUGCACCUCACACGCAAACUCUUCUGGGGCAUCUUUGACUCUCUGGCACAUAAGAAGUAUGACCAGGAGCUGUACCGCAUAGCCAUGCCUUGUCUAUGCGCCAUCGCAGGGGCCCUGCCUCCCGAUUACGUGGAUGCUUCCUUCUCAUCCAAGACAGAGAAAAAAGCCACAGUGGAUGCUGAAGGCAACUUUGAUCCCCGGCCUGUGGAGACCCUCAAUGUGAUCAUCCCAGAGAAGCUCGACUCCUUCAUUAACAAGUUUGCAGAGUACUCACAUGAGAAGUGGGCCUUCGACAAGAUCCAAAACAGCUGGUCCUAUGGAGAGAACAUAGAUGAGGAGCAAAAGACCCAUCCCAUGCUGAGACCCUACAAGACCUUUUCUGAAAAGGACAAAGAGAUUUAUCGCUGGCCUAUCAAAGAGUCCUUGAAGGCCAUGAUUGCCUGGGAGUGGACCAUAGAGAAGGCCAGGGAGGGCGAAGAAGAGAAGACAGAAAAGAAGAAAACAAGGAAGAUUUCCCAAACUGCCCAGACCUAUGAUCCCAGAGAAGGCUACAAUCCACAGCCUCCUGAUCUCAGUGGGGUUACCUUGUCCCGAGAGCUGCAGGCUAUGGCAGAACAACUGGCAGAGAAUUACCACAAUACCUGGGGGCGGAAGAAGAAGCAAGAAUUGGAGGCUAAGGGGGGUGGGACUCAUCCUCUGCUGGUCCCCUAUGACACACUCACUGCCAAGGAGAAGGCACGAGAUCGAGAGAAGGCUCAGGAACUGCUGAAGUUCCUACAGAUGAACGGCUAUGCCGUUACCAGAGGUCUUAAGGACAUGGAGCUGGACACAUCUUCCAUUGAGAAGCGGUUUGCGUUUGGCUUCCUGCAGCAGCUACUACGAUGGAUGGACAUUUCCCAAGAGUUCAUUGCCCACCUGGAGGCUGUGGUCAGCAGUGGGCGAGUGGAGAAAUCCCCACAUGAACAGGAGAUCAAAUUUUUUGCAAAGAUCCUGCUUCCCUUGAUCAACCAAUACUUCACCAACCACUGCCUCUAUUUCCUGUCCACGCCAGCCAAAGUCUUGGGCAGUGGUGGCCAUGCCUCCAACAAGGAGAAAGAAAUGAUCACCAGCCUUUUCUGCAAACUGGCUGCCCUUGUCCGCCAUCGUGUCUCUCUCUUUGGGACGGAUGCUCCUGCUGUGGUCAACUGUCUUCACAUUCUGGCACGUUCUCUGGAUGCCAGGACGGUGAUGAAGUCAGGCCCCGAAAUCGUGAAGGCUGGCCUCCGCUCCUUCUUCGAAAGCGCCUCGGAGGACAUCGAGAAGAUGGUGGAGAACCUGCGGCUGGGCAAGGUGUCCCAAGCACGCACACAAGUGAAGGGCGUGGGCCAGAACCUCACCUACACCACUGUGGCCCUGCUGCCUGUCCUUACCACCCUCUUCCAGCACAUUGCCCAGCAUCAGUUUGGAGAUGAUGUCAUCUUGGAUGAUGUCCAGGUCUCUUGUUACCGAACACUGUGCAGUAUCUACUCACUGGGAACCACCAGGAACCCGUAUGUGGAAAAGCUACGGCCAGCCCUUGGGGAGUGCCUGGCCCGCUUGGCUGCAGCCAUGCCAGUGGCAUUUUUGGAACCUCAGCUGAAUGAGUACAAUGCCUGUUCCGUGUACACCACAAAGUCACCGCGGGAGAGGGCCAUCCUGGGGCUCCCUAACAGCGUGGAGGAAAUGUGUCCUGACAUCCCAGUGUUGGAGCGGCUCAUGGCAGAUAUUGGAGGACUGGCCGAGUCAGGGGCCCGCUACACAGAGAUGCCACAUGUCAUUGAGAUCACCCUCCCCAUGCUCUGUAGCUACCUGCCCCGCUGGUGGGAGCGUGGGCCCGAGGCUCCCCCACCAGCCCUGCCUGCCGGGGCCCCGCCUCCCUGCACAGAGGUCACCUCUGACCACCUCAACUCUCUGCUGGGGAACAUCCUGCGAAUCAUUGUCAACAACCUGGGCAUCGAUGAGGCCUCAUGGAUGAAGCGGCUUGCUGUGUUUGCUCAGCCCAUCGUGAGCCGUGCUCGGCCGGAGCUGCUUCGCUCCCACUUCAUCCCCACCAUAGGGCGGCUGCGCAAGCGGGCAGGGAAGGUGGUGGCUGAGGAGGAGCAGCUGCGCCUGGAAGCCAAGGCCGAAGCAGAGGAGGGCGAGCUCCUGGUGCGAGAUGAGUUCUCAGUCCUCUGCCGGGACCUGUAUGCCCUCUACCCGCUGCUCAUCCGCUAUGUGGACAACAACAGGGCGCACUGGUUGACAGAGCCCAAUCCCAACGCAGAGGAGCUGUUCAGGAUGGUGGGUGAAAUCUUCAUCUAUUGGUCCAAGUCCCACAACUUCAAGCGUGAGGAGCAGAACUUCGUGGUCCAGAAUGAGAUCAAUAACAUGUCCUUUCUGACUGCUGACAACAAAAGCAAAAUGGCCAAGGCGGGAGAUGUACAGUCAGGUGGCUCGGACCAGGAACGGACCAAGAAAAAGCGCCGGGGGGACCGGUACUCUGUGCAGACCUCGCUGAUCGUGGCUACGCUCAAGAAGAUGUUACCCAUUGGCCUGAACAUGUGUGCCCCCACUGACCAGGACCUCAUUGGGCUGGCCAAGGCCCGCUAUGCCCUGAAAGACACAGAUGAGGAGGUCCGAGAAUUCCUACAAAACAACCUCAACCUGCAGGGAAAGGUCGAAGGCUCCCCAUCUCUACGCUGGCAGAUGGCCCUGUAUCGGGGCCUCCCAGGCCGGGAGGAGGAUGCUGAUGACCCAGAGAAAAUUGUGCGCAGAGUCCAGGAAGUAUCUGCAGUUCUCUACCACCUCGAGCAGACCGAGCACCCUUACAAGUCCAAGAAGGCAGUGUGGCACAAGCUCUUGUCCAAACAACGUCGGCGGGCAGUUGUGGCCUGUUUUCGCAUGACACCCCUGUACAACCUGCCCACACACCGGGCAUGUAACAUGUUCUUGGAGAGCUACAAGGCUGCAUGGAUCCUGACUGAGGACCACAGUUUUGAGGACCGCAUGAUAGAUGACCUUUCAAAAGCUGGGGAGCAGGAGGAAGAGGAGGAAGAAGUAGAGGAGAAGAAGCCAGACCCCUUGCACCAGUUGGUCCUGCACUUUAGCCGCACUGCUCUGACUGAAAAGAGUAAACUAGACGAGGAUUACCUAUACAUGGCAUACGCUGACAUCAUGGCAAAGAGCUGCCAUAUGGAGGAGGGGGGGGAGAAUGGAGAAGCUGAAGGAGAAGAAGAGGCUGAGGUGUCUUUUGAGGAGAAGGAGAUGGAGAAGCAGAGGCUGUUGUAUCAACAGUCACGGCUGCACAACCGGGGGGCCGCUGAGAUGGUACUACAGAUGAUCAGUGCCUGCAAAGGUGAAACGGGCGCCAUGGUGUCCUCCACCCUGAAGUUGGGCAUCUCCAUCCUUAAUGGAGGCAAUGCAGAGGUGCAGCAGAAAAUGCUGGACUACCUGAAGGAUAAGAAGGAAGUGGGAUUCUUCCAGAGUAUCCAGGCACUCAUGCAAACAUGCAGUGUCCUGGACCUCAAUGCCUUUGAGAGGCAGAACAAGGCAGAGGGGCUGGGCAUGGUGAAUGAGGAUGGCACUGUCAUCAAUCGCCAGAACGGAGAGAAGGUCAUGGCUGAUGAUGAAUUCACACAAGACCUCUUCCGGUUCCUACAGCUGCUCUGUGAGGGACAUAACAAUGAUUUCCAGAACUAUCUUAGGACACAGACAGGAAACACAACUACUAUUAACAUCAUCAUUUGCACAGUGGACUAUCUCUUGCGGUUGCAGGAAUCCAUCAGCGAUUUCUACUGGUACUACUCAGGCAAGGAUGUCAUUGAGGAACAGGGCAAGAGAAACUUCUCCAAGGCUAUGUCAGUGGCUAAACAGGUGUUCAAUAGCCUUACAGAGUACAUUCAGGGCCCCUGCACUGGGAACCAGCAGAGCCUGGCACAUAGCCGUCUCUGGGACGCUGUGGUAGGAUUCCUACACGUGUUUGCCCACAUGAUGAUGAAGCUUGCUCAGGACUCCAGCCAGAUUGAGCUGUUGAAGGAGCUGCUCGAUCUACAGAAGGACAUGGUGGUGAUGCUGCUGUCCCUACUGGAAGGGAACGUGGUGAAUGGCAUGAUCGCCCGGCAGAUGGUAGACAUGCUCGUGGAAUCCUCAUCCAACGUGGAGAUGAUCCUCAAGUUCUUCGACAUGUUCCUGAAACUCAAGGACAUUGUGGGCUCCGAGGCCUUCCAGGACUAUGUCACUGAUCCCCGGGGUCUCAUCUCUAAGAAGGACUUCCAGAAGGCUAUGGAUAGUCAGAAGCAGUUCACUGGCCCGGAGAUCCAGUUCCUGCUUUCCUGCUCUGAAGCAGAUGAGAAUGAGAUGAUCAACUGCGAGGAGUUUGCCAACCGCUUCCAGGAACCAGCUCGUGACAUCGGCUUCAAUGUGGCAGUGCUGCUGACCAACCUGUCCGAGCACGUGCCACACGACCCACGCCUGCGCACCUUCUUGGAGCUGGCUGAGAGUAUCCUUGAGUACUUCCGGCCCUACCUGGGCCGCAUCGAGAUCAUGGGAGCCUCACGUCGCAUUGAGAGGAUCUACUUCGAGAUCUCAGAGACCAACCGCGCCCAGUGGGAGAUGCCCCAGGUGAAGGAGUCCAAGCGCCAGUUCAUCUUCGACGUGGUGAAUGAGGGCGGUGAGUCGGAGAAGAUGGAGCUGUUCGUGAGCUUCUGCGAGGACACCAUCUUUGAGAUGCAGAUUGCAGCGCAGAUCUCGGAGCCUGAGGGGGAGCCAGAGGAGUCGGAGGACGAGGGUGCCACUGAGGCUGGCACGGAGGUUCCCGAGGAGGGAUCGGCAGGUCCCGAGGGCACCACAGGCGCAGUGGCAGCUGGUGUCACUGCGAGGUUGGCAGCUGCCGUGAGCCGGGCGCUGCGGGGUCUUAGCUACCGCAGCCUGCGGCGGCGGGUGCGGAAGCUGCGACGGCUGACAGCGCGGGAGGCGGCCACGGCGGUGGUGGCACUGCUCUGGGCGGUGGUGACCCAGGCAGGAUCAGCAGGUGCUGGGGCAGCAGCAGGCACACUGCGCCUCCUCUGGGGCUCCCUCUUUGGCGGUGGCUUGGUAGACAGUGCCAAGAAAGUGACCGUCACUGAGCUCCUGGCGGGCAUGCCUGACCCCACUGGUGAUGAGGUGCAUGGCCAGCAGCCCACAGGGCCAGGUGGUGAUGCAGAUGGUGAAGGCGAGGGUGAGGGCGAGGGUGACACCCAGGAGGGUGCAGGUGAAGAAGAGGUGGCAUCGGAUGAGGCCCGGCAGGGCGGUGCAGACCGGGCUGUGGCUGUGGCCGAUGGGAGUCCUUUCCGGCCUGAAGGGGCUGGUGGUCUCGGGGACAUGGGUGAUACAACUCCAGUGGAGCCACCUACGCCUGAGGGUUCCCCGAUCCUCAAGAGGAAGCUGGGGGUGGAGGGAGAGGAGGAAGAACAGCCUCCAGAACCAGAGCCAGAGCCUGAACCAGAGAAAGCUGAUACUGAGAACGGGGAGAAGGAAGAAGUCCAAGAACCCCCACCGGAGGAGCCUCCCACGAAGACAGCACCCCCUCCACCCCCUCCAAAAAAGGAGGAAGCUGGAGGUGCAGGCUUGGAAUUCUGGGGGGAGCUGGAAGUACAGAGGGUGAAGUUCUUGAAUUACCUCUCCCGGAACUUUUACACUCUGCGGUUCCUUGCCCUCUUCUUGGCAUUUGCCAUCAACUUCAUCCUGCUGUUUUAUAAGGUCUCAGAUUCACCACCAGGAGAGGAUGACAUGGAGGGCUCAGCGGCUGGAGAGAUGUCGGGAGCAGGGUCUGGCGGUGGCUCUGGCUGGGGCUCAGGGGCCGGUGAGGAGGUAGAAGGUGAUGAGGAUGAAAACAUGGUAUACUAUUUCCUGGAAGAGAGUACAGGCUACAUGGAACCUGCUCUGCGGUGCUUGAGUCUGUUACACACACUGGUGGCCUUCCUCUGCAUCAUUGGCUACAACUGCCUUAAGGUGCCCCUGGUGAUCUUUAAACGGGAAAAGGAGCUAGCCCGCAAGCUGGAGUUCGAUGGCCUUUACAUCACAGAACAGCCUGAAGAUGACGAUGUGAAGGGACAGUGGGACCGCCUGGUACUGAACACACCGUCUUUCCCCAGCAACUACUGGGACAAGUUUGUCAAGCGGAAGGUUCUGGAUAAACAUGGGGACAUCUUUGGGCGAGAGCGGAUAGCAGAGCUGCUGGGCAUGGACCUGGCCUCACUGGAGAUCACUGCCCACAGUGGGCGCAAACCUGAGCCUCCCCCGGGGCUGCUCACCUGGCUCAUGUCCAUCGAUGUCAAAUACCAGAUAUGGAAGUUUGGAGUCAUAUUCACGGACAACUCUUUCCUAUACCUCGGCUGGUACAUGGUAAUGUCUCUCCUGGGUCACUACAACAACUUCUUCUUUGCUGCCCACCUCCUGGACAUCGCUAUGGGGGUGAAGACGCUGCGAACCAUCCUUUCCUCCGUUACCCACAACGGGAAGCAGCUGGUGAUGACCGUAGGCCUCCUGGCUGUGGUAGUCUAUCUGUACACCGUGGUGGCCUUCAACUUCUUCCGCAAGUUCUACAACAAGAGCGAGGAUGAGGACGAACCGGACAUGAAAUGUGAUGACAUGAUGACGUGUUAUCUAUUUCAUAUGUAUGUGGGUGUCCGGGCCGGCGGAGGCAUAGGGGACGAGAUCGAGGACCCGGCAGGGGAUGAGUACGAGCUCUAUCGUGUGGUCUUCGACAUCACCUUCUUCUUCUUCGUCAUCGUCAUCCUGCUGGCCAUCAUCCAGGGUCUGAUUAUUGACGCUUUUGGGGAGCUCCGAGACCAACAAGAACAAGUGAAGGAGGAUAUGGAGACCAAGUGCUUCAUCUGUGGAAUAGGCAGUGACUACUUCGAUACCACACCACACGGGUUUGAGACCCACACACUAGAGGAACACAACCUGGCCAAUUACAUGUUUUUCCUGAUGUAUUUGAUAAACAAGGAUGAGACUGAACACACAGGGCAGGAAUCUUACGUCUGGAAGAUGUACCAAGAGAGAUGUUGGGACUUCUUCCCAGCUGGCGACUGUUUCCGCAAGCAGUAUGAGGACCAGCUUAGCUGAGAGCCUUCUUCCCAGCUGGCCCCCACCCUGCCCCCAGCCUCCACUUCAAGUGCCUUAUUCUCAUUGCAAGUCCUUAGCCCCAAAGCCCCUACCCCCAGGCAGCUGGGGAGGAGGGGGAGAGGUGACCUUGUACUUGGAAAUAAAGUCUGUGCUACACCCUUGGCAUCAUUACAUUGAGUCGUUGGGAGUUUGGGGAAGUGAGCAUCUAGAAAUCUUGCCUC